AUGCGCGACUCGGGACCAAGCGCAGAGUUCCUUUCAAGCCGAAAGCUUGAACUCCUGCAAAGAUUAGGGGACUUACUCAAGAGUGACAUCCUUGGUGCGAAAACGGAUAUGGGCAGAAAACACUCAAAGGAGACCCAAAGAGAGAAAGAUAUCAUUAUUGCGAGACGUACUUUGAUUGAGAUCGCGGAAAGAACAUGGAGAACAGCACCACCAUCCAAACAUAGCUUCAACAUGCUGGCCACUGGUGCAUUUAUCACUCAAAGGAUCACAGAUACCCUCGAGUCGUCGAUACAUAACUACCCCCGGUAUGCUCGAAGUUAUACCCGCGAGAGUUCUACUUUUAUUGCCGACGUCGACGAAUUCUACGGUGACAAACCCCCGCGCUUCUCUAUCAAUCUUAACGAAAGCCUUGCAGUCGCUGAAACUAUGGUACGUCUACCAUACGAAAUAUUGAGCAUGGGGCUCGUAAAAUAUAUCUAG